UUUUUUUUCGAUUCAACAUCUUUUAUAUAUGAUAUGAAUAUUACCACUGAGGAUCAGAAUUCAAAUGUCAAUUUGAAUUAUCCUCAACCGAAUCAUCAUCAUCCGAAUCUUCAACAUCCAACAUUUAAUUCUUAUAUGCCUAUAACAUCUACAUCAAUUCAACAUCAAUCCUAUCCAAGUCAACAACAACAUAUGGCAUUUAUGAAUCAUAUUGUUCCGGGCAUACAUCAUCAUCAUCCAUAUUUAUCAACACAAUCUAAUGAUCAUACAGCAUCAUUUUUAGCAGGAGCAGCAGCAGCUGCUGCUGCUGCUUCAUCACAUCAUCAUCAAUAUAAUCCAGCAACAUUUUUUCUAUCACCAACAGCCGAAUCAUCAUCAAGAUCAUCAUCAUCAUCGACAACACCAUCCACAAAUCUUCAGACAUUUCCGUUGCCAUCAACGACAACAUUUUAUCCGUCAACGAUUGCAACAACACAACAACAGCAAUCAUCACUUCAACAGCAAACAUCAGGUCAUCAUCAUCAUCAUCAUCAUGGUAUUGUUGAUUUAUCCGCAAUAUCAUUAGAUCAAUUAUUUGAUCCAAAAUUAUUAACAAAUCAUCAUUUGAAUGUUCAUCAUAAUCAAACAAAUUUAUUACCUGAAUUGGCAACACAAUCAACGGCUAACCAUCAACAACAACAACAACCACCACCAAUAAUUGAUUUAUCAUCAUUGACCGGAAAAAUUGAUGGAUUGACACCAUAUCAAGGUAAAAAACGUUGUUUUGGUGAAUUUAAAUGUCCAUCUUGUCAACGUAAAUGGAUGUCCGGUAAUUCAUGGGCAAAUAGUGGACAAAUGUGUGUUUGUUGUCGAAUAAUGGUAUAUCCACAUAAACAGCGUCCAUUGGAUAAACCGGAUGGUUUGGAUGUUAGUGAUCAAAGUAAAGAACAUCCACAACAUUUAUGUCAAAAAUGUACACAACUUGGUCAUUAUUGUCGACAAAAAAUUGUCGAUCAUAUUGUUGAUUCAAAUUCAUCCAUUUCUGUUGACGAAUUUGCCGAUACAACAUCUGUUUGCGAUAAUACUGUUUCCGAUAUUCAAUCAUCCAUUAGUGUUACAGCUAAUAUGUGAUUUUAA